UUACUAGCCCGCCAAGUGGCUGAAACCCGCGGACAGGGACGAUAACCCACCCAACCACCUAUCAAGUUAUCAGGCCAUCACGGCCCCACAACCGCAGCUCCUCUCCACCAACCCAGCACGACCUGCCAGGCUGCCAGAUGGAAACGCCAAUAGACAGCUCGGCGCCCCACCCAAAAGUCCAAAGCACCACAAGCCACGCAGUCACCUCCAUCUUCCUCGAACGCGCCGGCGCGCCUCGUCUCACCGCGCCGCCUUGCCCAGCCGCCGGCGACGGCGACGCGCCCCGCCUCCGGAUCCGGAAAGGGAGCGAUGGGGGAGAAGCGCGCGGUGCUGGUGGGGAUCAACUACCCCGGCACCAAGGCGGAGCUCAAGGGCUGCCACAACGACGUCGCCCGCAUGCACCGCUGCCUCGUCGAGCGCUUCGGCUUCGACGAGUCCGGCAUCCGCGUCCUCGUCGACGACGGCUCCGGGCCGCAGCCCACGGGGGCCAACAUCCGGCGGGAGCUCCAGCGCCUCGUCGGGGACGCGGGGCCCGGGGACCUGCUCUUCUUCCACUACAGCGGGCACGGCACGCGGCUGCCCGCCGAGACCGGGGAGGACGACGACACCGGGUACGACGAGUGCAUCGUGCCCUGCGACAUGAACCUUAUCACAGACCAAGAUUUCACGGAGCUUGUGCGAAAAGUCCCCGAGGGAUGUCUAUUCACCAUAGUAUCUGAUUCGUGCCACAGCGGUGGACUGCUUGACAAGACCAAGGAGCAGAUUGGGCACAGCACCAAGCAGAACCAGACCGAGCGGUCUGAUUCCGGCAGCGGCGGCUUCCGUUCAUUCCUCAAAGGGGCUGUCCGGGACGUGUUCGAGUCCCAGGGAAUCCACCUGCCCCGCCGUAGCCACCGGCAGAGCGAUGACGGAGACGAUGGUGACGAGGAGCCCCGCUACCUCGACACAGCAGAUGCCCAUGUCAAGAACCGGUCUCUGCCUCUCUCGACAUUGAUCGAGAUACUCAAGGAGAAGACCGGGAAGGACGACAUCGACGUGGGCUCGCUCCGGCUGACGCUCUUUGACCUCUUCGGGGACGACGCCAGCCCCAAGAUCAAGAAGUUCAUGAAGGUCAUGCUGAACAAGCUCCAGCACGGCGGCGUUGUGGGCUUCGUGGGCGCCCUGGCGCAGGAGCUCCUGAAAGCGAAGCUGGACGGGAAGCAGGAGCAGCUGGAGCCGGCCAUGGAACAGGAGGUGCACAGCGAGGAGGAGGUGUACGCGGGGACGACGGCCAGGGUGCCGAGCAACGGCGUCCUGAUCAGCGGGUGCCAGACCGACCAGACCUCCGCCGACGCGACCACGUCCAAGGGCUCCUACGGCGCGCUCAGCAACGCCAUCCAGACCAUCCUCGCGGAGCACGGGGCGGUGACCAACAUGGAGCUCGUGACGAAAGCUCGCAAGAUGCUGUCGAGGCAAGGGUACACCCAGCAGCCUGGCCUUUACUGCAGCGACGAGCACGCCAGUGUGCCCACCAGACGAGGCCACCACCAUAACAGCCAGCGCCACCUGCGGGCAAGCAGCGCAGACGAGACGAUGGGGCAGGCGGCCAUGGGGCGGAAGCGCGCGGUGCUGGUGGGCAUCAACUACGUCGGCAGGCCCGACGAGCUCAAGGGCUGCCUCAACGACGUGGCCCGCAUGCGCCGCUGCCUCGUCGACCGCUUCGGCUUCGACGGCGCGGACAUCCGCGUGCUCGCCGACGCCGACCCGUCCACGCCGCCGCCCACGGGGGCCAACAUCCGGCUGGAGCUCGAGCGGCUGGUGGCGGGCGCGCGCGCCGGGGACACGCUUUUCUUCCACUACAGCGGCCACGGCCUGCAGCUGCCCGCCGAGACCGGGGAGGACGACGACACCGGGUACGACGAGUGCAUCGUGCCAUGCGACGGCAACCUCAUCAAAGACCAAGAUUUCAAGGAACUCGUGGCAAAGGUCCCUGAUGGCUGCCUCUUCACCAUAGUCUCGGACUCAUGCCACAGUGGAGGCCUGAUCGACAAGGCCAAGGAGCAAAUCGGGAACAGCAAUAAGCAUAACAGAUCCCAGCAGACGGGGGAUCAGCAAGAAACGCGGCCACCUUCCCGCACUUCCGUCGUAGGCAUCAUCCACGGCGUGAUCGAGUCACUAAGCAUCCACCUCCUUCGCCGUGGCUCCCCGCAGAGCGGCCACGGCCAGAGCAACGGAUCAGCCGAGCUGGACAUGAAGACAGAGGUAACCUCGCACGCCAGCGUAAAAAGCCGGUCGCUGCCUCUCUCGGCGUUCAUCGAGAUGCUCAGGGAGAACACCGGGGAGGACGACGUCGGCGUGGGCACGAUCCGGGCGACGCUGUUCCGCCACUUCGGCGACGACGCGAGCCCCAAGGUCAGGAAGUUCGUGGAGGCCAUGGCGGCAGGCAAGCUCCGGCAGGACGGCAAGCUGCUGGAGGGAGACGACGGGGGGCAGGUGGACACGCGCAGCCGGGCCUUGGCCUCGGGACAGGAGGCGCGCAGCCGCAGCGUCAAGGAGGUCUACGCCGGCACGGCGGCGAGCGUGCCCCUGCCUCGCAACGGCGUCCUGAUCAGCGGCUGCCAGACGGAACAGACCUCGGGGGACGCGACCACGGCGGAGGGCGUGUCCUACGGCCUGCUCAGCAACGCCAUCCAGACCAUCCUCGCCAGCAACAAGCACGGGGCGGUGACGAACAGGGAGCUGGUGCUCAAGGCGCGGGAGCUGCUGUCCGAGCAGGGGGUCACUACUCAGCAGCCCGGGCUUUACUGCAGCGAUGAGCAUGCCAGUGCACCUUUCAUAUGCUGAAGGCUGAAGCAUUGGUUGCCUCUUGUAGACUGCAAUCUCUGUACAAUGUGGCGACUACGCUUUUGAACUUGAGAAUGGUAAUCUCCAUGCAAAAAUUUCAUUCUUUGAUGAUGUACUUAAUCAUGUAAUUGGUACAUUUGUUUCAGGCUUUCUAAUGUAGUAAAG